AUGCUCAAGAACUAUGCCGCAUUAGCUGUGGCGGCCGCUGUUUGUUCGCUGCCAACUGCGCGGAGUUCCGCGCCGCGGGGCCCCGAGGAGCGCAAGGGCCCGGGCCACCAUGACGAGGACUUGGCCGUGGAUUUGAAGGCCAAGUGGAGGCUGCAGGCGCUGCAGCAGCAGCGGCCGCCGCGGCCCCCGCGGCGGCUCUGCAAGGGCCGGCUCUGCGUCUUGGCAGCAGCAGCAGCAGCAGCCUACCUGCUGCUCUGCUCGGCCUCUUCGCUGCAGACGAAGUUGCUGCCGCGGUGGCGGCCCCGAGACGCCUCUCUGCGCGCGGAAGAGGCCGCGGAAGCGGGGGGCCCCCCCGGGGCCCCCGGGGGCCCCCCGGGGCCCCCCCGGUGGGCCCCCCUGGGGGCCCCCCCGGGGCCCCCGGGGGCCCCCCCGGGGCCCCCCGGCGACGGCGUGGACCUGCAGGUGCAGCUGCUGACGCUGGAGCCCCGCGACGCCGCGCUGCUGUCGCCGCAGCAGCGGCGGCUGGUGGAAAUGGCCGCGGAAAGCCUGCGAAGUGUGGAGGCGGAGUUGGAAGUUUUGUACUUAAGUGCUGCGAAGAUCGACGAAGAACUUCGCCAAGUCCGCGAGGACUUGCGGCGCGCGCAGCAGCAGUACUUGCAGGCGGAGGCGGGCGCAGCGGUGGUCACUUCGCUGCAGCUGGCAGUGGACCACUCGCAGCAGCAGAGCAGCAGCGCCUGGGCGGCCUUCGACGAGAAGCAGCAGCAGCGGGGCCUCAUGGGGUACACUGCAGCGCAGGAGGCCCGCCGCGCGGAGCUGCUGGCUGCCAGCAGCAGCAGCAGCAGCAGCAGCAGCAGCAGCGGGGCCCCGCGGCUCAGCCUCCGCGCUGCUGCUGCAGUGGCUGCGGCCGAGCGGGUGCUGCAGGCCUUCCGGCUGCGCAAAGUCGCUGCUGCGGCGCCGCAGCAGGGGGGCCCCCGGGGGGCCCCCCUGGGGGCCCCCCGGGGGGCCCCCCGGGGGGGCCCCCCGGACUUCGAAGAGACCCUCUGGAGGCACUUCAAAGUCCUCACGGAGACCUCUGCGCGCUGGCGCGGCGACCGCGCGGCGCUGCUGGCAGCAGCAGAGGGGGCCCUCGAAGACGCCCACGGGCAGCUGCAGCAGCUGCAGCAGGACGGCCACGCGGAGGCCCCCCCGGGGCUGCUGGAGGCCAUGGGGGCCCUCGAGGCCCUGCUGGACCAGACCACUGGUCCAGAGGAGGAGGAGGGGGGCCUCGAGGGCCCCGGGGAGGGCCCCGCGCUCUUCGGGAGCCUGGCCUACCCCUCCCCGCCGCCGCCCGCGCCCGCCCCCCCUGCUGCAGCAGCAGCAGCAGCAGCAGCAGCAGCAGCAGCAGCAGACAAGACGGCGAGGGUGAAGGAGCAGAUGGCGCUGGCGCUGCUGGCCAGCCGCGACGCCGGCAAGGCGGCCCGGAGAGUGGAUGGAAGUCCCGAGGGUUUUGAAGAGAUGGGAAGGGUUUUUAAACACGGAAUUGGUGUUUUAGCGGUGGCGCUGCACACAGAUGUGGAGGGAGUUGCUGCUGCUGCUGCAGAGCCCUUCCAGCUGGCGCUGCAGAUGUGCGAGCGCUCGCUGAGCGGCCUCGGCGCUGCGCUGCAGCCGCACUGGCUGCAGCAGGUGGAGCGGCAGCAGCAGCAGCUGCAGCGCGCUGCUGCUGCGCUGCAGCAGCAGCGGCAGCACGCGCGCCCCGCCGCCCCCGCCUGGCAGCAAGACCUCCUCGAGGAGGAAAUGGAAAGCUGCAGAGAACAGCUGGACUUAGCCAAAAAACUCUAUUCGGAGAUGUUCACUUUGGCCACGGGAAGGCCUUCUCUUCCUUUUCUUUUUCAAGGAGUUGUUGAACUCCGCAAAGCCAUCGACUCUGCGCAGACGGAGCUCGUGCAGGCCGCCGACAGCCUCGGCGCCCCCUGCGAGGCCGAGCUGGCCCGCGCGCUGCAGCCCUUCCGCCGCGGCCCCGCAGCAGCAGCAGCAGCAGCAGCAGCAGCAGCAGCAGCAGCGCAGCAACUCCGCACUCUCACCCACGACGGCCGCCAGCUCCUCCUCCGCCUCCACCGCCUCGCAGCCCCCGCGCCCCAGUUCGAAGAACUCGAGGAGGCCCUCCAGGAGGCCGCGGAGGUCUACGCCGCCUUCCAACGGCCCCAGGGGGCCCCUGGGGGGGCCCCCGGGCGGGCCCCCGGGGGGGCCCCCGGGGGGGCCCCCGGGCGGGCCCCCUGGGGGGCCCCCUGGGGGGGGGCCCCCGGGGGGGCCCCCGGGGGGGCUUUCGACCGCGACUGGGCCGGCGGCCCGGGGGGGGCCCCCGCCGGCAAGUAG